AUGGAUUCCAUCAAGAACACCGUCAACUACGUCAAGGAGUCCGUCUCCGGCGCUGGCUCGACCGCUUCCAAGGAGGCCAACAAGAACGUCGCCAAAGAUAGCAACGCUCCCCUCGACACCCGUGCCCAGGCUGGCUUCGAUGCUAUCGGUGACAAAAUUGACGAGCAAGGACACAACCGCAAGGCCGAUGUUCACAAGGAGGCUGCAAAGCACUAA